UUGAAGCAUUCCUUCGGUUGCAUGUGAUAUUUUCUUAUCGGCGUGCAGGGUUAUGUGACCCUGCAGGUCAGGAUACGAGCGGUGACAUGUGAUUGUGAGGUGCGGGACAGAGACCUCUCACAGUGACUGGAACAGGAAGACGGCAGGAGUUUGGCAGCGCAGUUCUUCAUGAGCAAUUUCAAAUGAAAUGCAGACUUUUCGAUCAGUUGCACCAUAGUGAUGACUUGCUCUGAAAUUGAUGGUUUUAAAUACUCCUAUGUUUCUCUGAUGUGGCCAUUUAAGAAUUAGAACAACCAACUGAAUUAUCUAAUAUUUCUGCACUCUGUCCACUGGAACUGGCACAAUUGACACUGUUAAGGCAAAGGGAAUACUUAGAAUAUGGCAAGGAAGCUAGACUUGUCAAAACUAACAGAAGAUGAAGCCCAACAUGUCUUGCAUGUUGUUCAACGAGAUCUGAAUCUACGCAAGACAGAAGAAGACAGACUUGGAGAAUUAAGGACGAAGGUUGAGGAAGAAACAACUAAGAGGAAGUUUCUUACAAAGCAAGCCAAGUUUAACGAAGGUCAUUGCAUUCACUGCCUGGAACCCUUUCAGUACCUGGUGAACAGCAAGCGUCAGUGUCUGGAUUGCAGUCUGUACACCUGCAAAAGCUGUAGCAAAUUCAACAAAAAGGAGUUUGGCUGGGUGUGCGAUUCCUGCCGGAUUACCAGGAUUGUAAAUACUGGGUCACUGGAUUGGUUUUACAACCAUGUGAGGUCUCGUUUCAAAAGUUUUGGAAGUGCAAAGGUGAUGCAGUCUUUAUGCAGAAGACUUCAAUCCGGAGAAAAGCACUCCCUACGAAACUUAGACACACGCUAUGAACGAGAUGGAUUUGACAAUGUAUCAGAUGGUUUCUUGCAUGGUGAAUACAAUACUCAGAUGAUGGCGGAAGUAAUUGAAGAGGAUGAAAAUGCUGUAGAUAAUGAAGAGGCUCACCGCUAUAGUGUAUUACGCAGAAACAAACGUCUACUUUCAGUGCAUCCUACUGACUUUGAUGUGGACUCGGAAUAUUCUGCACAGUCUCGCCGCCAGUCUUUCCAGCUUCCUUCGCCACAUUAUGAUGGAAGCGGUUUACAGUCAUUUUCGGAGUGCCCUUUCACUGGCAACAGUACAGCAGAAGAGGGUUCCAGGCGAGAGUCUUACAUUGGAGAAGCUGAGCUAACCUCAGUAUUCCGGAAUAUCCUGCAGGAGAAAGGACAGAAGUUGAUGCCAGACUCUGUGCUUAGCACUGAAGUCCGAUUGGAGAUCAACAAAAGAAGGAAAAGCUUGGACAAAUCUUCCAAAUCUGACGAGGUGGUGCAUCACGAAUACAGACUUCCCCGCACACGCUCAGUUCCUGGGAUGUGGACCUCCCUUAGAGAAGCAGAGGCUCAGCAUUCAGUUCCUUAUCACAAGCAUGGUGCCCAGUACUACGCUGACGUGGAUAGCUCUGACAAUGACGAAGCUCCUGAGCUUCCAGUGUAUCAGCGCCACUUUGUACGACGCAGGAGUAGGAGUUCCUCACAGGAACAUCUAGUAUCUGGAGGAAGUCAGAUUUCAGAUUUGUCCAGGCGCAUGUCUUCUAUUGAGCGAAUGCUAAGCAGACUGGAAGAGAAGAUGACUCCUUGUUCUGUAGAGUCAUCAGCCAACACUGGUGGGGCUCCAGCAUCAUCCCUAGUUGAUUCAGAAGCAUCGGGUUUUGAUUUGACAGACGCGGACGUAGAAGAAGAAAAACUAAAGAAGAAAUUGGGUGAGUUAGCCAGCAAUAUCAGUGACAAAGGCCCUUCAUCUGAAGAGGAAGACGUAAAAAGGAAAACAGAAAGACCACAAGAAUUAACUUCAUCUGGUGAAGACCCACACACUGAGGCUCUAAAGCGCUCAUCAGCAGUGGCUCUUUGUGACAUCACAACGAAAACGUUAAGGAUCAUUAACGCAACUGAAAAAGCAUUGCAUGACUUUGCAGAAGUAGAUGGCGCAGUUAAUGAACCUCUCAGAAAUCCCAGUUUGCACCUAAAGGCCAGUGAAAAAGACCUAAGUGUGAGCGAGGCUGAUGAAGCAUACAGAAAACUUGAGGAAAAUGUGUAUAUGGCAGCCAGCACAAAUUACGGCUUGGCAAGGCAGCUGAAGGACCUGGAGGAGCGAGCACGAAGCAGACAGAGUUACACCACCACCACAACAGACUCUGAGCUCUCAGAACUGGAAGAUAAGGUGGCUUCAGCAGUUGCUCAGGUUCAAUGCACUGAAAGCGAGGUUUCUGAUAUAGAAAACCGGAUUGCAGCUCUGAGUACUACUGGAAUGAAUGUUUCAACUGAGGAUAAGCCCAAAAGGAAGCAAGAUGGACAGGCAAUGAUGAUGCACCAGCCUCCGUGUCAAAAAAGUUCAAUUCCAACUGGAAAUAAGGAAUCAAAAACUGGCAAGAGUGAAUCUUUUGAACGAAACAUACUAAACAGAGGAUCACUCACCCAACGGAAUCCGACUAACAAAAGCAGAAGAUUGGACCGUGUUUUUGGGAAACCAGUCAUGACCAAGCAACCUUAAAGAAAAAAGCCAUCAAAAUGACCUAUGUGCUAGAGCAUUAGAAAAGCAUGAUUCCCAGAAUCAGAAUACAGAUCUACAUUUCCAAGAGCAAUCAGCUUGUUAAAUGAUACAUAAUGCAACCAGCUUGUGUGUUAUAUGUUUAUUUUAUGCAGAGUUAUGUACAAUUGUUCUUGUGAGUAAUGGAUAUUCCUUGCAUUGAAAUGUAUGCAAGUACAUUCUGCCAUAUUGCAUCAGCUGUAAUGCCCUUUACAAUUAUGAUGUUGUGAUACACUGAUGCUUUGCAUAUUACUACAUUUUCAUGCUUAUUUUGUGACAAUUUUAUGUGGCAAGUGCAGAUCGGUUGCUAAAAUUUGAGAGGUAAAUGGUCUCAGUGGGGAUGAUGGUUGAGACAUAAUGAUAAUAUUGCUGUCAUUGUCAGUGGCCAUCGCUGGAAAAAAUAAGGCAUGAUUUUCAAACAGUAACCAGUUCUGUUUCUUUAAAUUGGAAAUUUGUAUAUGUCACUCUGCUGUUUCAGAUGACAGAGAGAUUUCAUAGAAUUGUAGACCAGUUAGCUGAAUAUCUGUUUCAGGGAAUUACUUGAAUCUAGAAGCAAAAAUUAAUCAAUGCCUAUUGUUGGGCAUGGGGCUAGUGAUUUCCUUUCUCUCUGUGUCAGAUCCUGUAGGCAGCACACAAACUUUGUGCCAUCUGUUCAUUUACCAGAUUGUAGGGUUGAGCUGUGUGGCACCCAGACUGCUGGCUGUCUAAAUGCUCAACAGGGCAUCAACCAGGAUGUGGGGAAAACAUGUGCAGUGCAUAGCCUCAGCUCCUAAAGGCAGUUGUCCCUUUUUCCAACUGAGCAAAAGGCAAAUACUGGGAGAUUUUCACUAUGACACGUGCUUUCUCUUGGAAUGAUCCAGUUAUAUAAGAGGUUUAAUACAGCAGUGACCUUUACAGCACUGGCAGAGCUAUUCUCUCUCUGGUCCAUGCUUGCAGAUCAGCUUCAAGGAGGUAAAAGUUCUUGACCACCUUCUUGUUGCAUCAAAGUCACCUCAAGCAUUGCUGCUUGACAGGAAGUGUCCUCAGAAAACCUGUGGUGGGAAGGAGCCCCUGUAUGCAGAUCUCUUCCCAAUGUUCAGAGCUUCCCCUGUCCACAGCCUUUACAUGUUGGUCAUAUUGCAGACUGAGAUGGAACUACAGCCUCUAUACCUCAUGCAAAUGCAAGGCGGAAUUUAAUUCAGACCCUUGUUGCACACGACGCAAUACUAAGGCUGACUAAGCCAUUGGGAGGGAACCCUUCCAUGAUUGAGUCCAAAGUGAGAGGAGGCCAAUGUGCACAGCUCACCCGAUUGUGGCAGGAUGUCAGUUAGGCUCAUUAAAGAGCUACUGGACACAAAUAAUCACUGAGGCAACCAGAAUUCAGUGGUGGCUCAGUGAUCUAAUGGGAAUCACAAGGAUCUACCAUGCCUCCCUAAGGCCACCCAGCCCAAACCCUGUUGCAUUUGGCAGCAGCUCCCCAUGAUGGCACAUACUCCCGCACGCAUUCCCCCAACCCACCAGUGACUGCUUUGCUGAAACUGCCAUUUUCCUCCUCCCUCACUGGAGUUCAGGGACCCAAUAAUGAUACCUGGUUAAGUUCUUAGAGCAUUAUUAUGUGUUCCUGACCAAUCUCUCAUUUCCUGCAAGCUCUCAGGGGUGGAACUGCUGCCCCGGGAGUCCUGAAUUGCAGAGGUAGCACUUUGCUGGCUGAAUUUCAUCAGGUCUUCUCUGCAGAAAUAGUGGCGGUCUCCCAUCAGUACUUUUACCAAGGGCAAAAUACACUUCACCCACAUUAGAUCCAGUCCUUAGUGUAUAUAGGUAGGCAAAUCUUCUAAUGUCCCUUAAUAGAUUCACUACCUCACCAAAAGACCUCCAGGGAUAAACCACAACACUUCCACGAUCUUUACCAGACAGAGGUAAAUUAAAAGCAUUUAACCCGCAAGUUGGAGUACUGGCCCGUUGAAUAGCAUUUCCAGAGAAGAGUAUGACUUUUGUACAUCUGCACCAUUGUUCGUUACAGAAUGACUAACAUAUGCUUUCCCUGGUCUGGCACAGUGAAAUUUUCAGAGACAGUUGAUGUCACAGUCUGAUUACAUCACACACCAUACCCAAUCCAGUGCCUAUCCAGCAUAGAAAUUGGACCAUGGACCAUGACUGAAGCACCAUGACAAAAUAGGGCCUAAUUUCAUUGCAUACAAUGAAGGAUAAAGAGACAGAAUGCCUUGAAAUAGUCAGCUGAUUAGAGACAGCCAAAGCAGAUCCGUUAAUGGCAGGCUGUACCUAGUGCAAGGGGCUGUUGCUCUAAUGUAGUGGCAGUGUCACUACCUCUAAGCCAAGAGCCCUGGCUUCAUCUUCUACCUGCUCCAGAAGUGUGUAGUAACAUCUCUAUACAGGUUCAUUAGAAAGUAUCGAUAGCUGAUGAAAAUAAUCAAAUAUUUUGUGUGGAGAAAUGAUUAUCUAUGGAUAUUAUGACUUCCAAAAAGUACUUGAUUAAAAACCCUCAUAAGGGACACUUGGCUAAACUUAAACCUCAUGGAACCAAAGAGAGAUUUUUGACCUGGAUAGGAAAUUGGUCAAGCAGAAUAAGUCAGAAUGUAUGGAUUGUGGGUAGAUAGUAUAAAUUAGCAACAUUGACCAGUUUUUUUCCCAUCACCAAAUCACCUGUAGUAUUUUGUCAACACCUUAUACUUGUACACCUGUGGUUUUUUUUUUUAUGUGGUAUUUUGUUGUCUA